CAUGCUGCACAUCGCCUCUGUCGACUGCAGGGGGCGACAGGCUGACAGGACUGUGAGGAGCAGCUCCAUUGAUAGGCGGUCAAAGAGCGCCACCGCUCGCUGAUACACAUUGCAGUCAUAUAUAUAUAUAUAUUUCCACCACAUCAGCUCCCCUUGACUGUCUCCUUCACAGUGGGCUUGCAGGCAGACGCACAGCUGACUUUCAACCGAGGUGGCCGCUGUCCUUACACUACGGGUGCAAACAGGGACCUUGCAAUGAUCUCGCUGGACUUAAAUUUCAACAUUUUGACAAGAGACCUGUCACAUUAUUUGGAAAAUCAAGUGAAAGUUGGCCUCUUCGGUUCGGGAGUAGGACUGUCUCUGGUGCUGGGCUUUAGCGCAGCGUACACCUGCUACUAUCUGAUUUCAGUAGCGAAGAAGCCACAGCUCAUCUCGGGGGGGAAGAAGUUCUACCAUUUUCUGAGGGAGCAAUGUCCGGUAGUGUCAGAGACCUACUACCCCACCUUUUGGUGCUGGGAGAGCCGCAUCCAGACUCUGCUGAGACCCUUUGUCACAGCCAAACCUGGGGUUGUCUACAGAAAUGAGCUUAUUAAGGCAGCAGAUGGAGGACAGAUCUCUUUGGAUUGGUUUGACAACGACGACAGCUUCUCUCAUCCCGACCCUGCCACCAGGCCCACAGUCCUACUUCUCCCCGGUCUGACCGGCACCAGCCGAGAGUCCUACAUCCUGCACAUGGUCCAACAGAGCCGGGAUCUGGGCUAUAGAUGCGUGGUAUUCAACAACAGAGGGGUUUCGGGUGAAAUGCUGCUGACCCCAAGGACCUACUGUGCAGCCAACACGGAGGAUCUAGAGACUGUUAUUGAGCACAUCCAGAGGACUAAUGAAGCUGCUCCAAUCAUGGCUGCUGGAGUAUCAAUGGGCGGGAUGAUGCUGGCCAACUACCUGGGGCGGAAGGGCCGGGAAACCUGUCUGAAAGGGGUCGUAGUCUUCUCAGCAGGCUGGGAUGUAUUUGAGUGCACCGCUUCACUGGAAAAACCCCUGGACCGUUUCCUCUUCAACUCCUACCUCACCAGCUGCCUACAAGCCUCUGUGCACAGACACAGACCAGUGCUUGAAAAGUGUUACGACAUCGAUCAUGUCAUGAAGGCAAGGACCAUUCGAGAGUUUGACGAGAGGUUCACCUCCAUAAUGUUUGGCUAUUCUACCAAUGAUGACUACUACCAUGAUGCCAGUCCUGUCCACAGGCUGAAGUCUGUGCAGGUGCCAAUGCUGUGUCUGAACGCUGCUGAUGAUGUAUUUUCCCCGUCUCAUGCCAUUCCAGUGGAGGCUGUGAAGCAGAAUCCCAACCUGGCCCUGCUCAUUACCUGUCACGGUGGCCAUAUUGGUUUCCUCGAGGGCCUGUGGCCUCGGCAGAGCACGUACAUGGACCGAGUCUUCAAGCAGUUUGCUAAGGCGGUCAUCGAACAAGGCAGCCGGCUCACGGACCUCUCCUGAUAAGAAAACUCAAAAGUGUUCCUAAAGUUUUACUUCCUCUUAUUCAUUUAUUCUUUCUUCCCUUCCUUCCUUUAAUCUUUCAUUUUUGCCAUCCAUUUUUCCUUUGUGCAUUCCAUACUUUAUUCCUUCCAUUUAAGAUUCCAUUCUUCCUUGUUUUUUCCUACCUUCUUGUUUUCCCCUCUUUCAUCCUUGUCCCUUAUUCCUCCUUACUGCAUUCCAUCCAUCAUAUAUCCCUUCCCUCUCUACAUAAUCCUAUUGUGCCUAUUUCCUUCCUUCCAUUAUCUUUAUUUUCUAUCUUUGCCCUCCAUCCUUCCGUCCCAUUCUUCCUCCUGCCACAAGCAAAAAAACAUUCUUUCUCAUUCGAAAGCCACAUCUUAUUGAAUGCAGCUUAUUGUGUUGCAUUCAAUGGUCAUUUAUUUAUUCCAUACAAUUAACAAGUCAUUGUAUGUAAUCAUGCUCUCAAUAGCAGGCUUAUUAAAAAACAAGCGUAGCUGUUCAUGUCACUAUUGAAAAGCUGAAUCUGUGCCCAUCUUGUUUAAUUGCAUUAGCUAGCUGCGAUUACCUUGUGCAAUUAUUCUCUUUUGAAGUUAACACAAGUACUGUACAUGAAAAUCAUCUUUGUUCAUGAAGCGUCCUUUCGUACUCAUAUUAGUAGGAUUUUAGCCCUCAGGGAUUGUCUUUAUUUACUCAUAUGUCAUUCCUUCUUGUGUAAUUUUGUUUUGUAAAUCAUACUUCUGUUUGUGUUUUUCUCUUUUAAAGGUAGAUGUUAUUUACUAGUUGACAUACAGUUGUUUGUUUUCUUUAAAGUAAUAGUUUGAUAUUAUGGAAAAUAUGCUUAUUUGCUUUCUUGUGGGGUUACAUGAGAAGAUUGAUACCACUCAUGUUCAAUUAAUUUUUCAGCUUCAGCCAGUAGCCGACUAGCUUAGUUUAGCAUACAGACUGGAAACGGUGGGAAACAGCUACCCUGGCUCUCCAUAGUUGAAAAAAACCCUGCCAGCCACUGCUCGUAAGUGGAUUCUGUUAUCUUUAGACAGAACCAAACUAGCUGUUUCCCCACUGCCUCCAGCCCUGAUGCUAAGCUAAGCUAAUUGGCAUAUGUCACCUACAGACAUGAGAGUAGUAUCAAUCUUCUCAUCUAACUCUUGGCAAGAAGGCAAAUGGCAUUUUUUCCAUAAAACUACCCCUUCCCUUAACCUUCUGCAUGCACUUUUAAUUUCACACAUUCUACCUUUACGCACACCAAAUAGUUUUACAAAUGUAUUAUAAGGAGAAUAAUUAAUUAAUGACAAGGAAUGUGAAAUUGCACUAUUUUAGUUGAUACUAUCAUGCCUCUUAUUCCUUAAUGCAAGGCACUUCAUUUCAUUCGAUAUAUGACAGUAUAUCCCAAAGGCUGAACAGAGCAGUAUAUGAAUUCCAUGAGGUUUUCUUCUUGUGAAAAUGUUGGUGGUUAUUAUUGGAAGUAAGUCUGAGGGUACUAGAUACAGUAAUGUGAAUGAAGUAAUGCACAUAGGAAGACGGAGAGUGUACAUAUUGGCUGUUUGAAAUGGUGGAUGUUGCUUUCCAAGAUGCAUAGUAUCACUGGUGGAACCUGGUUGUCAGUCGUUUUAUUGCUUUUGUUUCGCCAACAAUGAUCAAGGGGCUGGCCACCGUGUAUGAGUUGGCAUCCAUGAAACAGGCAGAUCUGACUGGCAGCCGGACUUUCAGUAAUGCACUGCAUGAGGGAUUAUGACUUCCUGUUCCUGUGGAAUUUUGGUGUCUGUUUGUUCUGCCAAUUGUCCAUUGAGUAGCAUGUGUGUCAUCAGCAUCAUCAUGUCCUGAACUUUAACAUCACUUCGUAAUCUGUAGCACAAAGGACAUGUUUGUUUGUUUUUCAUAGGAUGCUGCAUUUCAUUUUGUACACUACAUAUAUAUAAAAACAUUCUGUUUGACAUGUGCAGCAAUACGAUUUUAAAUUUAAAAUAUGUCUAUAGUAUAAGUACCAGUAUAUGCACAUUAUCAACACGAGUGUAAUAUGCUGUAUUUAAUAAAUGAUUAAACAGAG